AUGGUAUCUACAAGAAGCAAGAGGCUCCGCAACAAGCUGAUGCCCAAGGGAGAGCAUCAGCAGCAGCAGUGUCAGGAAUCCAGCAGUCAACGCCUUGUUGUGGUUCGCAAAUCGCUCGUGUUUCUGGCAGUCUUUGGAUUUGGCAUGGUGGCCCAAUAUCUGUGGUCCACUGGAAAAUGGGAGCUACAAUGGCUCGAUGUGGGGACAUUAUCCUCCCUUCAGAGGAAUGUCACAACCUCCACUCUGAAGGAAGAAGAAACACAACUAGUAGUCAAACAAAAAGAUACCCAAAAGAGUCCAGCCACAGAAGCGCCACCAGAAGAACCCAUACCCAUCGAAGAAAUGAGUGUUUUGGAUUACUACGCCUGUUGUGGCCUGGGACACCGCUUGUGUCGCAUGGCCGUGGCCUAUCAUGCCUCACAUUACAUCUUGGGAUUCCGAUUGAGGGUGGUAUGGGGAUACUGCGGUGAGACGGAAGUUUUCCAACAUCUCUUUCGUGAGGAAACUCCCGCCGAAUUGCAGGCAUAUGUCAAGUCCAAGGGACAGUACUAUCGGACCGACAAUGAAAUCACAGGCUAUUGGCCUCUCAAACACAAAUAUUGUGUCGCGGAAGAACUGCACGCCUACUAUGAAUUCUUUGCCGAACUCAUGGAUCGGUACCGAUACAAGGACAAAAUUCAACAAUUCGUUCAGGACAAUUUUGAAAAUCGAUUGGCCAUUGGGAUACAUGUGCGGGAUGGCAACGGAGAAAAGGGAGACUUUGCCGAGAAGAAUCGACAGAUGGGAGUCACACCGGAAGAAUGGGUGGAAAAAGUCAGUGCGCACAUUUUAAAGUAUCUCGAAACGGCCAAACAAGACAAUGGAGGCCAAGAACUACCUCAACCGGUGCUCUUUGUCGCCACUGACAAUCAAGAUUAUGUCGGUCUGUUUCGAAAGCAAUUGGUAGGGCAAAUCACCAUUGCACAGUGGGCCCCAGAACAUCAUCAACAAGCGGGAACGGGAGUCUUUUUGGGACAGGGCCAAGAAGAGGGGUUGGAUGAAGACACUUGCUUUGGCAAGUGGAAAGCCACGUUGGGCGAUAUGAUGUUACUGGCAUCCACCGAUGUCUUGAUUGCAGGACAAUUCUCCAGCUUUUCGCAAUCCAUGCCGUUGAAUGUGGUAUUGGGAAAACCAAAGGAACAAAAGAAGCUUAGUCGACCCUACUGUGAAGUCCACGGUGAAGGAAAGUGGUUUGAUUGUUACGAGGAUCAAAUGGACUGGUGUACCCAUGCCAAGCAGUUCAACGUGCUCAAAACCAACAACCAUCCGGAUUCUAAGGGAUAUCUAAGUGUAUUCGAGGCAAUGUACCAGAGUCCUAACUAUCGCAACCAGACACACAACAAGAAUGGCAACAACUAA